UAUGUUGUUUUGUCACUAUCAUUAUUAUCUAUUUAUCUAGAUGCAAACUUCUGGAUGAACCAAGGACAGGAAACGCUCCGGAGAGCUCUCAACCGUCAAGACAUUCGUGGUAUUGCUAAGAAUGUGAUUUUCUUCUUAGGGGAUGGGAUGGGUAUCACUACUACCACUGCCGCCCGUAUCUUUAGGGGUCAACAAGCAGGAAAACCCGGCGAAGAGGGAUCGUUAGCAUGGGAUCAGUUCUCACAUGUGGCUCUUUCUAAGACCUACAACACUGAUCAACAAAUAGCAGACUCGGCGGGAUCGGCUACGGCGUUCUUCUGCGGAAUCAAGACGAGAUCGGGAUUGGUUGGACUAGAUGACAGUGCUGAAAGGGGUAACUGUGAGUCGGCCAAAGGUGCACAAGUUGACUCAAUCCUAGUACAAGCUCAUCGGGCAGGUAAAUCUACCGGAAUAGUCAGCACGGCCCGUGUAACACAUGGGACACCAGCAGCUACCUACGCACAUUCGCCCGAGAGAGAUUGGGAGAACGAUAGUGACAUUCCUCAAAAGGAAGCAGAAACGGGAUGUAAAGAUAUCGCACGACAACUAAUCGAAGAUAACAACUUUAUAAACGUCAUUCUUGGGGGAGGUCGAAAUCAGUUUUUACCAGAUGUAGCCCUAGACCCGGAGUACGGCUCUGAAAACGUGACUGGUCUGCGGAAAGACGGCGUCGAUCUGGUCAAAUAUUGGCUCUCAGAAAAGGGAUUGUCUGCGAAGUUUGUGUGGAACGAAACAGCAUUUAAGGAAGUCGAUAUUCUAUCAACAGAAUACUUACUAGGUCUGUUCGAACCAGGAUUUAUGAAAUUCGAGAGUUUGAGAGCAACUGACAAGAGUGGGGAGCCCUCUCUUGUCGAGAUGACACAAACAGCGAUUCGAUUGCUGAGCAAGGACAAUGAUGGAUACUUUCUCAUGGUUGAAGCUGGACGAAUCGACCACGGCCAUCAUUUGGGGAAAGCAUACCUGGCUUUCCAGGAUACCAUAGCCUUUGAUGAGGCAGUUGCCAAAGCUGUAGAGAUGACAAGCCUCGAGGAUACCCUCAUCAUCGUGACUGCCGACCAUGGCCAUAGUUUGAGUUUUGGUGGGGUUGCUAGCCGAGGAAAUGCUAUACUUGGUUACGAUGACAGAGACAAUGGCACAGAUGAUCUUCCAUACCUGACCCUGACUUACGCCAAUGGCCCGGGAGGAGUCAAGAUAGCUGAAAGUUAUUUCCAAACAGGGAAACGACCAAAUCACUUCGAUUCAGACUACAAUGCCAACGAUUUUCUACAAGACGCUGUUGCGCCAUUAAAGUACGAGACCCACUCCGGCACUGACGUAGCGAUCUACGCGCAAGGACCAUGGGCUCACCUUUUCCACAGUACACAUGAGCAGAACUACAUCGCGCACGUUGUCCGUUACGCAGCAUGCUAUGUUCAAGGGGUUGAAAAUGCAUGCACACGUUCGCCGGAAAAACUCCCAUUCUGCACUGGGCAUGCGCAUGCCAUAUAUGCUACUAGUUUACCUUAUACACUUCUCCUGAUUGUUUUCACGUGGCUGAUGGGAGGGAGACUUUUCACUGUCAAUAACCAACUGCAUUUGCCAGGACAUUAG